GAAAACCUUCCAGACGUGUGUUCUGAGAGGGGUUAAGAAGAUCCUAACCAAACCGCAGAGGACCAAAAAGCUAAAGAGCGCACUGACAUCCAAGAGGCACAGCUGUUGUUUCUCAGGGAAAUUUUGAAUCAAAAGAAAGCUUCACCAUCAGCGCCUCCAGCAGAAGAGUCUCAAAGUGAACCUAAAGCCUCUACGAGUCAAGUGAGAGACUCUCCUCUGCCACCAACGCAAGCCUCUUCGGCUCUCUCAGAAGGCAAUGUUGAUUGAGAGUAAAUACGUGUACUGUUGUAAUCUUUGUCUCAAAUAUGUGAAGUAUAAAUACUGUUUACAUAUUUUAAACAUUCUGGUACCCACAUACACAUCCAUGUUGUCCAGAGUUUGCGUCCGUUUGACUAUAUUUUAACUGGCUUGUCCAAAUGUUAUUCAGCAAACUUUAAACGAGCUUUGACAUGCUUUUUUUUUCAGCAAUGGGGUCUUGCGUGGUGAGCGUACAUACAAGGCCAUGGUGGCGCAGUACAUAACUCACGGUUUGCCUUGUGACAACUGUACCUGCUAAUUCCAGGUCUUUUUUAAGCUCUCCACAGGUGGUCCUUGGCUCCUGGACAACUCUUCGGAUAAUUCUUUGCACUCCUCUGUCAUAAAUCUUGUGAGGAGCACCUGAUCGAGGCAAAUUUAUGGUGGUAUGAUUGGCUUUCCACUUAAGUAUUAUGGCCCCAACUGUGUUCACUGGAAUGUUCAGAAGCUUAGAUUUGCGCCUGUUACCAAUGCCAUUGUAAUGUUUUGCAACAAUUAGUUUGCAAUGGUCUUGACAGCUCUCUGCUCUUAUCCAUCAUGAGAUGUGUCUUGACUCAGUCCUUGGCAAUGAGACCUUUUUGUAGGCCAUCACUUAGGACUGAACCAGCUGAUAUUCAUAUGCACUGACAAGGGGCUGGAUUAUUGAUAGAUUUUAUGUUGUCUUGGCUUUCCAUGCCGUUUUGCACCUCCCUUUCUUCAAGUGUUCAAUACUUUUUCCCUGUCAUUUCACAUUUUUACACAAUUAAUUUCUGAGCUUAUUUGUUCUACUUUCUUUGUAUGUAUGGAUUUCUUGGGUUGUUCCCAACAUCUGGUGACAUUUUCUGGUCAAUAGCCGCUUUGGAAGUAUAUAAAAUGGUGACUUGUUAAAUACUUAUUUUAGCCACUGUAAAAGCCAGAUUACAGUUUGUACAUGCAAAAAUUGACAAAGACCAUCAUUUUUGGAGCCGUGACCUGUGGUCUGACAAAACUAAAAUGUAACUCUUUGGCCAUAAUGAGCCUUGUUACAUUUGGAGAAAAAAGCUGGCAAGCCUGAGAGCACCACCCCAAAUAAGGAAGGUGUUGGCAUUAUCAUGUUGUGGGCUUCUUUUUCCACAGGAGGGACUGGUGCGACUUCACAAAAUAGAUGGCAUCAUGAGAAAAGAACAUGAUGUGGAAAUACUGAAGUAACAUCUGAAGACAUCAGCCAGGAAGUUAAAGCUCUGGUGCAAAUGGGUCUUCCAAAUGUACAAUGACCUGAAGCAUACUGCAAAACUGGUUACAAAGUGGCUUAAGGAUAACAAAGUCAAUGUUUUGGCGCAGCCACCACAAAGCCCUGAUCUUAGUCCUAUUGAAAAUGUAUGGGGAGACCUGAAAAGGGAUGUGCGAGCAAGAUGGCCUACAAAUUUGGCUCAGUUACACCAGUUUUGUCAGGAAGAAUGGGACAAACUGUUGUGAGAAGCUAGUGGAAGGAGAUCCAAAACGUUUGACCCAAGUCAUGCAGUUUAAAGGCAACCGUAACAAAUACUAAUGAAAAAUAUGUAAACUUCUGACUUUGAAGAAAGUAAUAAAAGAUUGUCUACAAGCAUUUGCAUUUAGCAAAUAAUAUUUUUUGUAAUCCGUGUUUGAAUAACGUCUCCCAAGUCAUUCACCGUAAUAAAAAUGACAGAGAAGAGGUUACAAUAGCAAUGUAGUUACCAGUUAGUCUUCUUCUGUUUCUUCUUUUAUGACUACUUUUCCUUUGGAUUUUACGCCAGUCUGGAGGCCCCACGGUAAAUAUUAUGAAAACUAAUGUGAUGAUGAGAAUUGAAUGAUGAUGCAUUCAAGUUUGCCAAUUAGCAACAUCCCCUUUUAAAACUUAUUUUUGCAUUUACAAUAAAAAAUAGUUAUGCUAAAAAAAUAUUUUACAUAUACAAAUACAGUAUCAUAAACCUUUGCAGGAUUUAUUGUAGGAUACAUUCACAUAUCAUGUUUCCUUCAGGCUGCACCUUUAAGACACAGUAUGGCCAAAAAGACAUGGAGCGACACCUUAAAACCCACACUGGCGAGAAGCCGUUCGAGUGCGAGCUCUGCCACAAGCGCUUCAGCCGACGGGACAAGCUCAACAUGCAUAGCCGCUCGCACACAGGCGAGAAGCCUCACAAGUGCAAACUGUGCCCGUAUGCGGCGGCCGACAGCAGCAGCCUGAAGAAGCACCUGCGAGUCCACUACGACGAGCGGCCCUUCAAGUGCCAGAUCUGUCCCUACGCCAGCCGUAACUCCAGCCAGCUCACCGUGCACCUCCGCUCACACACCGGAGAUGCACCCUUCCAGUGUCAGCAGUGUGACGCAAAGUUCAAGAUCAACUCCGACUUGAAGAGACACAUUCGUGUCCACUCGGGGGAGAAGCCUUACAAGUGUGACCUGUGCGAGUACCGCUGCGCCAUGAAAGGUAACCUCAAGUCUCACGUUCAGAUCAAACACGGCACAGAGAACGCCUUCCACUGUGCCCACUGCGAGUUCACAUGCGCCAACAAGAUGGCGCUGCGGCAGCACUCGCGCCAGCACCGGCCUGUUCAGCCCAUUCAGUGCCCAAAGUGCACAUACUCCUGCGCCAGUCGCGGGGCACUCAAAGUCCACGAGAGGAUCCACUCGGAGGAGCGUCCUUUUAAGUGUGACUCUUGCAGCUAUGCCUCCAAGCAGCGCAGCAACCUGGUCAUCCACAAGAAGAGGUUCCACUCAGACACGCCAGAGAAGAGCGGUGGGAAAAGGGCUGGCGUUGACUCCCCGAAAUCUGACAGCUCUCGUUACCGGGCCAAGCUGGACGCCGCUCGAGCCUUCAGCUGCGGCUCGUGCAGCGCUUCGUUUGUGAGGGAAGACUCGCUGAGGAGUCACAAGAAGCAACACAGAGAGACCCAGAAUCCACUGCAAGUCCAAGUGACCACCCCCCUUCCCCAUGUAAUGUCACCGCACGACAGCACCCAGUUGGAAGUCCCGGUCCAGGUUGACUCGUUGGCCCCUUACAAUAGCACACAGCUCAAAAUUAUCGUAUCUUCUGCAGAGAGUCCCAACAAAAUGGUUCUGUUGAAUCCCGAACACCAGGACAUGAUGGUGAACUCCAUGAUCCAGCAAGUCAAUCUGCUGGCACCUGUGCAGCCACCCGGGUUGUCCCAAAGCACAGAGGCCACCUUUGUACCCCAGACGGUCCUCUUGACACCGCUCCACUCCGCUGACGACACCAACAGCCCUCUGCACCAGACGCUGGUUCACCCGGCAAUGGCCGCUCAGGAUUCUGGCGUCGUCCCUCAAACGUUUGUCACCACCUGCACCGAACUGGAGGACUUGAGCGCCUUGGUUCAAGAGGGCGGCGCAGAGGUGACAGUCGUGACGGAAGGGAAUGCCGCCACAGUGACGUCGUUGAGUCCGACCGGACCGGCCCAGGCUGCGGGUGAGGGUGGAGGGCAGUGCCUGAGCAUGUGAGCAGCGCUGACCCGACCCGAACUUUUUAAAUGGAUUUACUGCAACAUAAGCUACUUGUUUCCAGGGAAGAACUUUUUAGGUGUCUGGUGUUCACUUUACUCAUUGACUUGCGACGACGCUCGAUUUAAAAUGGUCCUUUUUCAUUUUUAGAUUUUAGAAUACCUAAUUGAUGAUAUGGUGCUGUAAAAAUAGAACAUUCGGACUAAUGUACACUCAUAAGCAGAGGUGGGGAACAUGCGCCACAUAAGGCAUUUGAGUACGGAAAGCCGUUAUUCAUUAUUCUUGAUAUCCAUCUUAAGGUCCAUGUACUAGUAUGCGCUUUGUCCUCACUAAGACAUUUGAUAUGUACAGUAUUCUGUAUGACAUUACUUCACACUACUAGUUAGUACAACUACAUGCUGCUAGUGAGGCAAAGCUAGUUGAUAUCUGCACAAUAUUAGUACAAUGAGUGAAGUGCUAGAUGUUAGCGAGUACAGUUUUGUCACUAGUAUAACUAGUAGCGCACAGUUAACUAGUGCACUGUUUUGCCUUAAUCGUAACAUAUAGUUGUCCUACUAGUAAGCCUGUUAAAGAUAGAUGAUCGAGAAACAAACAUGUGUCCCCUAUAAACAUGGUAGAACUGUGACAAGCCCCUUCCAACACCCAGAGUUUGUCUCCAAUCCAGAUUGAGCCAUGCAAGCUCACAGUGCUACCAAACUUAAUGAUGAUUAUUAUUUUUAUUUUUUUAUGUUAAUUGAAAAAAACAUAAGCCCGGAUUGAAGAUGCAUUUCUUCAGCAAGCCUUCUCCAACUGUGUGUCAUGACUACUUUUUCCAGUGACAUCAUUUGACCAGAGUGAACAAAACUGUGGCUACCGCUAAUGCUACGUCCGUCAACUCCAUGAGGAGAAUGGAGCAGAGGAGAGGAAGAAACCCACGACUAAUAACAUAACUGACAUUGCGGACCUUCCAAGCUUAUUGACGUCAGGAGUAUGGAAGCGCUUCGGCUUCCCGUAGGCGGCAAUACCCAGACCGUUUGCCAGAAGUGCUUCAAAAAAUGUCCCCAAGUCAUGGGCAACAUGUCGAACAUGUUAAUGCACCUUAAAAGACACCAUUCCGAAAUAAUUUAAGUAUGUCAUAGAACAAAACAUAGGCUCUACUCUUGACAAAUUUAUUAAUUAUAUGUAGGUACUGUAUAUACUAUAUUAAUUCAUUUACAAUAUCCAUCCAUCCAUUUUCUGUACCGAUUUACCAACUAGCUUCAGGCGAGAGGCGGGGUACACCCUGAACUGGUCGCCACCCAAUCGUAGGGCACAUAUAAACAAACAAAGAUUCGCGCACACAUUCACACCUAAGGGCAAUUUAGAGUUUGCAACCAAUAUAUUAAUGUGUAUUAAUUCAAUUUUAAAAAGUCUAAUCGUGUAUCAAACCAUGGGAUGGAAAUCGAGAUACAAAUAGAAUCUUAACUCUGGUUUAUCGUAAGUCCUACCUACUUGUAUACGAAAGUUUUCCUACAAGUGAGGACAAAGAACCUACUACAGUGGAGCAAAAAGCCGCUAAGUAGUUUGAGCGUUCAUUCAAAAUCGUUGAUACUCACCUGAAGUUGCAUGUACUAGUGCGCUCUUUGUACUCAUUAGUAAGACUAUUCAAAGCACUACUAGAGAGACUAGCGUGUAUUAGUAGAACAACUGUGUCUUAGUAGUAAAACCCAACCCCGCCCCCCCUUCCACAACUGUAUGACAUUUCUACUAGUAAGACACCUAAAUGUUACUCAUGAGACAAAACUACUAGUUGGCAUUUUGGUAGUACUAGUCGGGUGCAGGAGAUUAGUGCGUGACACAUGCCUACUAGGUGGGCCUAGUAGUGUUACUAGUGUAGCACAGCAGUUUACUAAUACGGUUUCAUUGCGGACUAGCAAGCCAAAAGUGGCACUGCAGUAGAAGGGGGGGGGGGGGACAUUACUGUUAAGACACUUUCAUUCUACUAGUGCGCUGAUUUGUCUUACUAGUAAGGACAAAGAGUGUAGUAAUACAUGAGCUUUAGGCUGGAUAUCACGGAUGUUGAAGAAAUGCUCAAACGACUUUCCAUAUACAGUAUUUGAGAGCAUUUAAUUUGGCUCACUGUGCAAUUCGAGAAACAAGGAAAACCAAGUAACCCAAAAAUGCUCACGAUGGCUUUAUCUUAAACAACCACCCCGCCCAAAUUCAGUAUGGCCUUCGGAGGUCCGUCUGCCCCUUGAGCUACUAAGGCAGUGAUUUCCAACCUUUAUGGAGCCAUGGCACACAUUUUACAAUUGAAAAAUCUCACGGCACACCAACAAACAAAAAUGUCACAAAAAGUGGAUACAUGAAUUACUGUAUGUACUUCCUGCCAUCUAAUAGAAGACCAUUUAUUUGUUCUGUCACUAUGCCUCACAGGCAUAAAUACAUGACGAAAGAUACAUUAUUUCUUGGAAAUAAAUAAAAAAAAAAUUUUGACCAUUAAGUAAAAUUUGAUAAUUUCCCACGGCACACCUGAAGAGCGCUCACGGCACACUAAUGUGCCCCGGGGGUACACUGGUUGCGAAUCACUGUACUAAGGUGACUGGGCUGCAGUUUCCCCCAUAAAUGUCCACAAGGAGGCAGCAGAUAGGUUCGCGGAUGAGCUUCCCAUCAAUCCAUUCAAUACAGGCUUUCAAUAUUGAUUUAUUUUUUUUUUCUGUUUUUUUUAUUUAUUUAUUUUUUUGCUUCAGAUGAAUGCAUUCAGGUCCUGCUCAUCGUAGAUAUUGCAAGCCGAAACCCUGAUAAAAACCAACGUCUGACUUUCUUAAAAGCUGUGUUUCUCUCCACUGAUUGAUUUUUCAAUAAAGUGCUGUCCUUCUUCAAGCCUUUA